GAGAAACGGAGGAGAUUAAGCUCGUAUGAAAUGUUUUGCGCAGGGUUUAAGACUUCUGCCCCAAUCGUCUCCGUCUCGCUGCCUCUCUUCUGCCGCCGCGCCGGCGACGUUACCUGCAUCAGUUUCAGAUUGACCGUCGGGGCCUUCUGCUAAAUUUCAAACCUUGCCUUUCGCUCGCUGGAGGAUUUUACAAUCCUAGGGUUUUGUAUGCCACCCUCCGAGAUCAAUCUUGCGCAGUAACUCGGUUCUGUUGCUUGGGCCGGAUGGCAUCGUCACUCUCGAAAGGAAUAUUGCGUUCUUUUGGUUCCUUGUCUGCUCUUCGCCGUUGCCAGGAUAUCUGUAUCCGAGCUUCGGGGGACUGUUUGUUUUCUCGGGGAUCCUCUUUUCAUUUGGGAUCGGCCGCUUCUCUUUCGCAUCAGAGAUGGUUUACAUCUGUAUUAAUUCCUGAAUCAGAAGAUGGUCCAUUUCCCGCCGAUUUGUUAUCCUCAAGGGCUGUGCUAACCCCAGAUCGUAAAAUAGGGCUUUAUCAGGACCUGGUAAUUCCAGUGACAAAUUUCAACAAUGAGGACAAAGGAUUUAUGGUUCUAGCUGGCGAUGUGUUUGAUGUACCUAUUAGAAAAGACAUCGUUCAUCGAGUCGUGAGGUGGCAACUUGCCAAAUGACAGCAAGGAACACAUUCGACAAAAACAAUCAGUGAGGUUAGUGGGACUGGGAGAAAGCCAUGGAAUCAGAAGGGAUCUGGAAGAGCUAGGCAUGGAACGCUGCGUGGACCUCAAUUCAGAGGUGGCUGUGUUAUGCAUGGCCCCAAGCCACGAAGCCACGCCUUUAAACUAAAUAAGCAGGUCAGGCGUUUAGGGUUGAAGAUUGCGUUGACAGCACGCGCAGCAGAAGGAAAGCUUCUUGUGUUUGAGGAUUUGGAGGUUCCUACACACAAAACCAAGAAUAUCGUCAACUAUGUCCAGCAGAUGGAGAAUGCCAAGAAACUGCUGCUGGUUGAUGGUGGUUCCAUCAAUGAAAAACUGAAGCUGGCUACACAAAAUAUACAUUAUGUCAAUGUGCUACCUUCAAUUGGAUUGAAUGUCUACAGCAUACUGCAACAUGACACAUUAGUGAUGUCCCGUGCUGCCGUGAACGGAAUUGUAGAUCGAAUGCACACGCCAAUCAACCGCUAACUUCUGCAAUGCUGUUUGUGGAGGAAACCUGUUCUUUUUCCUAUAGGCGAGGGAAAAUCAUAGGCCAAAGCAAAUAAGAUGUCCAUCUGUCAGUGUUUUUUUGGGUGCUCCAGCUUGGAACCGUGAUAAGGCUAGAAUGUGGUAUUGAUGUAAGCAAAGGUGCUUCAGUCGUACUAGAUUAAUGCGGUUGAAACUUGAAGAAACCAAUGGUGCUGUCCUAAACCUGUGGCUUUGUAUACUCAUCUUCAUUGUUGAUCGCUUUGCAAGAAUAUUAGGAUUUAAUGAGCAUUUUCCAGUAAUACCAUGGCAGAAACGUUUUCUGGCUAAAAAA